ACCCAGUGGGCUUGCCUCGGCGGCGGCGGCGACAUGAGCGCGGCGCGGGUGUCGGCCGGGCAGCGGCCUCCCAGCUCGGGGGCUCUGGGCUCCCGGGGGGUGUCGCGCCCGCGCCCGCGCCCGCCCGUGGUCCUCCAGCACCCCGGGCAGCACGGCGCGCAGCUUGGGCUCAGCGAGGCGCAGAAGCGGGUCCUGGACCUGGAGAAGAGCCUGCAGUUCCUGCAGCAGCAGCACUCGGAGACGCUGGUCAAGCUCCACGAGGAGAUCGAGUACCUGAAGCGGGAGAACAAGGAUCUCCAUUACAAGCUAAUAAUGAAUCAGAAGCCGCAGCAGAAAGGCAGCAUCUCCAAUUCCAGCUUUCAGUCCAUCAAGUCCGUCUCAAAUUCGACAGUGCCAGCCAACUCUCAAGGCAAGGCCAGGCCCCAGCCUGGUUCCUCCAAGAAGCAAGACGCGAAAGCCGACAUUCCCCAGAAGAUGGACCUGGAAGAGGAGCCCCCAGGCACCACCCUGCUUCACAACAGCAAGCUGGACAAAGCCCCCGGGGCACAAGGGCAGGCCAAAGAUGAAGAAGUGGAGACCUCUAAUCCAGUGGCCACUUCAGUGGCGGGCAGCCAGCACAAGGGCAAGCAGGCGACAGGGGCACCCCCCACGACAAGCCUGCCUCCCUACCUGCGCAAGCCCACCACACUUCAGCAGUGCGAGGUGGUCAUCCGCCAGCUGUGGAACGCCAAUCUCCUGCAGGCGCAAGAGCUGCAGCACCUCAAGUCCCUCCUGGAAGGGAACCAGAGGCCUAAGGCUGCCCCCGAGGAGGCCGGGCCAAGUUCUCCCAAGGACCAGGAGGCCCUUCACCUGGAGGCCAUGCAGUUCCCCAAGGUCCCCACCAAGGGCAUCUCUAAGAAAUGCCUGAUUCUGAGCCCGCUGCUGGGGGGGGAGCGAGCCAUCCUGCCCGCGCUGAAGCAGACGCUGAAGAGUAACUUCGCGGAGCGGCAGAAAAGGCUGCAGGUGGUGCAGAGCCGGCGGCUGCAUCGCUCCGUGCUCUGAGCGCUGCGCUGCACCCUCUCGCAGCUAGGCCUCCCCAGGCCCGCGAUCCACAGCUGGAGACGCUACACCCUCUCUACAUAGCACUUCAAAAGAAUUCUAACGCGUUUAAGCCAAGCUAAUUCCAGAUAAAACUCAUGGCAGAGAAAGUACUUGGUUUCAGAACUGAGAAAUUAUUUUCUUGCUCAGUAUUUUACUAUUCUGCAUUUACACAAAAACAUUAUGAAGUAAGUAUUACCCUACCUAUUGAAGACUGGAAAUAAAGCUCGUUUCUCUCAGU